AUGACCGCCGGCGAUGAACAGAUCGACCGUUCGGCCACCAGCCAGCAAGUCGUUGCAGUAAAAAUCUCGCCUUAUCUCGCAGAAGUCAACUUAGAUCAGCUGACCUUCAUUACUACCAGAUGCGUACGACUCGGCUCUUAUCCCUGUGGCACUGUGCGGACGCCAAAGCUCACAGUCGCGCUCACACUGUACAUUGCUCUCCAGAAGCGGAUCUUCUUCCCGUUGAAAAAGACAAAACCUGCCGGAGAUCGCCAUGGCGACCCGUUCGCAAGGUACAUUGCAAGAAACAUAUGGAGCGAAUGUGACAUGCGAAAGCGCGUGGAGAAGUGA